AGCUUAUAUCAAACGGGCGGGAUCUAGGCGAGUGGGCGUGGCUUCGUUGUGUGUCAUGUCUGCUGUCUUUCUUUCUUCGGCUGCUGUUUUCUGUCGUGCCACGUUGAUCGAGCGAUCUUCAGACUGCAGCAUCAGUCUGUCAGUCGGCCGUGUCUUGGCUCGUGACGUCAUCCAGUGUUUGCUGGGCUUUUGUCUUGACCUGAUCCGUGGCUCUGGUCCGCAGCGCUCGGGAUCGGCCGGACAGCCGGAGGUGGAGAGCCAGCCGUCGGCCGCGGCGUUGAUGCAGCAGGAGCCUGCGUGAGGACGGCAGCGCAGCAUCUGGCGCGGUUGGUUGCAUUGUGCGUUGAUGACCCCUGCUGUUUAGCCGCCCGCCCGCCCGUCCGCUCACCCCCACCCCUCCCGUCUCCCCUCUCUCUUUCUCCAUCACAGCUCCUGGAUCAGCCAUGUUUGGCACCGAAUCCUCAUUGAGCAUGUUCCUCAACACUUUGACCCCCAAGUUCUACGUGGCGUUGACGGGCACCUCAUCCCUCAUUUCAGGACUCAUACUGAUCUUCGAGUGGUGGUACUUCCGGAAGUAUGGGACGUCAUUCAUCGAGCAGGUGUCUGUCAGUCAUCUGCGUCCUCUGUUAGGUGGAGUUGAUAACAGUUCUCCCAGCAACACCAGCGCCAGCAACGGAGACGCCGACUCCAGCCGGCAGAGUGUGUCAGAAUGUAAGGUGUGGAGAAAUCCCCUCAAUCUGUUCAGAGGAGCUGAAUAUAACCGAUACACGUGGGUGACGGGUCGAGAGCCGCUCACAUACUAUGACAUGAAUCUGUCAGCACAGGAUCAUCAGACGUUCUUCACGUGUGAUUCUGAUCACCUGCGGCCUGCAGACGCCAUCAUGCAGAAGGCCUGGAGAGAGAGGAAUCCUCAGGCUCGGAUCACGGCCGCUCAUGAAGCCCUGGAUCUGGAGGAUUGUGCGACAGCUUAUAUUCUUCUGGCUGAGGAAGAGGCCACGACUAUAGUGGAGGCGGAGAAACUCUUCAAACAGGCGCUGAAGGUCGGAGAGAGCUGCUACCGGCGCAGUCAGCAGCUGCAGCACCACGGCUCACAGUAUGAAGCACAGCACAGAAGAGACACAAAUGUGUUAGUUUACAUCAAGAGAAGACUCGCCAUGUGCUCCAGAAAGCUCGGCCGCACGCGAGAAGCCGUCAAGAUGAUGCGAGACUUAAUGAAGGAGUUUCCUCUGCUCAGCAUGUUCAAUAUUCAUGAGAACCUGCUGGAGUCUCUUCUGGAGCUGCAGAACUACGCAGACGUGCAGGCCGUGCUCGCCAAAUACGACGACAUCAGUUUGCCAAAGUCUGCCACCAUCUGCUACACAGCGGCGCUUCUGAAGGCCAGAGCCGUGUCCGAUAAGUUUUCACCAGAGGCGGCGUCACGGAGAGGUCUGAGCACAGCAGAAAUGAACGCAGUCGAAGCCAUACACAGAGCAGUGGAGUUCAACCCACACGUACCGAAAUACCUCUUAGAGAUGAAGAGUCUGAUCCUGCCACCGGAGCACAUCCUGAAGCGUGGCGACAGCGAAGCCAUCGCCUACACCUUCUUCCACCUGCAGCACUGGAAGCGAGUGGAGGGCGCGCUCAACCUGCUGCACUGCACCUGGGAGGGAAGUGAGUCACGCCAUGAGCACAUGUCAACUUUCAGAAUGAUCCCGUAUCCUCUGGAGAAAGGACACCUGUUUUAUCCAUAUCCGGUCUGCACAGAGACGGCCGACAGAGAGCUGCUACCCACAGUGUUCCACGAGGUGUCGGUGUAUCCCAAGAAAGAGCUGCCGUUCUUCAUCCUGUUCACGGCGGGUCUCUGCUCCUUCACAGCGAUGCUGGCGCUGCUCACGCAUCAGUUCCCAGAGCUCAUGGGAGUGUUCGCUAAAGCCUUCCUGAGCACCCUGUUUGCCCCGCUGAACUUCAUCAUGGAGAAGGUGGAGAGCAUCCUUCCCUCGAGUCUGUGGCACCAGCUCACACGGAUCUGAUCCCACGGACAUAUAUCAGUUCAUAUUGACUGAGGUGCCAAUUCUUCAGAAGUGCCCGAUAGCCAGAACACAAGAGAAACUCAAACAACAUCAAAGGCGAAAGGAAUUCAUUUCCCCCUUAAUCUCAUGUAAAACUUUUCUGUCUAAAACUUUUAAAGGCCAUCCGUAUAUAAAAGAAAAAAUAAAACAAUUUCUGUACUGCUGCAAAA